GCCAACUCCAUCCCCACCAGAAAACCGAACAUCUGAGCGUCCCUGGAAGCAGCUCGGCGGGCGCAGUCAUUAUUGCGCCAGUCUGACACCCGCCAGCGAUCUUCCUCGUCGCGAUCGUGCCGACUUUCCGAAGUAUUUCAGAGACUUGGUCGCGGUACCAACGCCUCAGCAGGAGCGUGCGUGCGAGAGGAGAACGGCCUCGUGGUCACCUCGCGAGCGCACUCACGGUAUCGCGUCACGGUACCCCGGCGUGUGUACGAUGAGACUUUUCUCGAGGAACGAGGAAAAUGUGACGUGAGAGACUGACCUUCGGCAGGUCCUUCGGCGAGUGCGACACGUUCCGCGACGCAGUCAGUAACGCGCGGGCGCGGGUCAUCCUGCAAAGUGACCGUCACGAUGAGGAGGUUCCUGUCGACGGCAGCGGUGUGCUGCUGGCUCCUGGUGGCGCUCGGUGUCGGCCAGGUCGCCGGACAAUUAUUGGACACGGAGUUCCAGCCGACGGUGACGGCAACGUGCAAGGGCGGCUACAUGACGAUACGCGUCAAUCUCAAUCAGAGUUUCGUAGGCGCGGUCCACGCUCGGGAUCAUCGAACCCCGCAGUGCAUGGUAUCCGGCAACGGCACCACGCACGCCACCCUGGGCAUCAACCUAUUCGCGUCGCAGGACAGUCCCGAGUACUGCGGAGUCCUCGUGAACAACCACACAGAAGAACGUUCCAUUCCCAUUGCCGUUAGAAUACAUAAAACUCUGGAGCUGGCGGACGACAAAUUUUAUGUCAUUACGUGUGGAAAGGCAGGCUUCAAAAAUGCCAAAAAUGAAACUUCGCUGGUCUCCUUGCGCCUUCUGGAUGAAGGUGUCAGAGUACAAGAAGCUAUAUACGGUCACAACUACACUCUGCGUGCCGAGAUUUCACGUCCAGACGGAAUGUACGGGAUUCGAGUCAAGAAUUGCUUCGCAUUCAACAAGCUCAAUUCCAGUGUACAGCUUAUAGAUGAGAAAGGCUGUCCCGUGAAAGUUCGAAUGACGAAAUUCAUAUACGAUCGAAGCACCGGUAUAGCGGAUGCCACAUUGUUCUCGAUGUUCCGGUUUGCCGACAGUUCAGAGGUGCAUUUCCAAUGCGACAUCGCCGUGUGCAGAGGGAGUUGCGGUACUCCUGUAUGUGAAGGAGACAAAGAGGAACUAAUAAAGGGUGGCUCCUCCCCUAACGGACAAAGUGUUAAUGGCGAAGAAGGAGUGCUACUUGCUGGAACAAGCGUUUUUGUUCUUCAACCAGGCGAAAAACGAAUUGUACAAACAUUGUACGAUGAUGGCAGCGUGCAUCCGCUUUGGCUUCUGUGGCUGGCGGUGGCACUCGGGAUAUUAUUCCUCAUCAUGCUCAUUAUCAACAUAUUCCUAUGUUCGGCAAUGACCUGUAGCUGCACCCGGACCGACAUUAUCGAGAAGGAGCCGUCAAUCAUCGAGGAUUACGAUCCAUACCGCAGCUGGCACGGCUCUCAAUACGGGUAUUCGUUAAACGGCAAGCAAGGAUACGCCUCCGGGGGAUCUACCAUGAAUUCUACGAGGUCAAUAUCGACGAAUAGCGAUCACUAUGCGAUAGUACAUUCCCGACCAGGAAGCAGAUACUCUGGUCCUGGACAAAAACAUCAUCAUCAUCACAGAGGACCGCCGUCCAACAUCGGUUCCCAUUAUUCCGGAAAGUGACGUUUCCAUUAGUUUCAUUUAUCAAAAACUAUAGAACUUCAUUGUUUUCAUUAAUGUUACUUUAAUUAAACAUGAAUUUUACGCGCCAUUAGUGGCAUUAUUUCAAUCGCACGAACGACAAGGAAUCGAUUUAAAUGUAAAAUAUCACCGAUACAAUCUUAGGAUCAUUUUUAUAUUUUUAAAGCAUUCAAUCAAUUAAAUGAUAUCAACACUUUCUGUCACACUCGUUUAAGAGGUAGACUUAAGUCGAUGAUCAUCUAUUUUCUGCGUUGAGACAAAUAUAAUAAAAAAGUUAUAAAUAAUCAGCGAUUUAGAAAUUUAAUACAAUAGCUUGUCCAUGAUUGACAACGCGUAAAUAAAUUUUAUGCGAUGCAUAUCAAGAGAGUGUUAAUAUCUAAAAUUUGAUAUCUAGUGUGUGUGAGAUGAAUACUAAUUUUCAUAUCUUGCCACAAUUUGAAAUUUUCCGUCUAUGAAAAAUAGAAUAAAAUUAUAUAAUGUUGAUAUACCUUUUCGUUUCUCUUGCAAGAAAGUUUUUAUUUUAUACUCUUGCACUUGUUAAUAAUAUCAACGAUAAUAAGCAACGCGUGAUCGAAUGCGGAUCAAAUAUAUUAACGAGAUAAAUUUUUUUAUGAAUAAGCGCGAUUAUAUAAAACUACGCAUCGAUAUUUUUAUAUUUAGCUUUAUCAUUUGUGAAAUGAUUCUCGUGUGCUAGACUGCGUAUAUGUAUCAUAAUAUAUAUAAUAGUCAUAAGCAUAGGCACUAGCACUUAAAAUUGCGCAACAUUGAUCCUAAUUAAGAGAAAUACUAGUUAAAUGCUUUUUGUACAUAAAUCCAUUAAUCUAAAAACA